GCUUGAAUCACGCCGGCAAGACUUGGUCGUCAGAAACGCUCAGGGUUGCAGCAGAACAUCCCCCUUCGUCUUAUCCCCUUCAUCGUUUCUCUGUUUUUUAACAAAACCUCACGCAUCAUCCAUUUCCACUCUCAUUCUUUCCCCUCUCUUUUUCCCCGAACUGUAGUUGUUUUUGCGGCCAGUUGCAUGCAUUUUUCGUCUCCCAAAAUGGUUUGCGAGACUAAAAUCGUUGCGGACGAACACGAUGCUAUACCUGGGACCAAAAAAGAGUCGAUCAUGUGGAGCUCUCCUCCGUCCAGCGCGGCACUGAACCCCGCCGAGGCAAAGGAUGUGAGGAAAGAUGCGGUUUUUAUCCGCGAGUUCGAGUGCGGGGAUCAGGAGGAGGUGCGCCGCAUCUUUUACGAGGGUAUUAUGGAGAGGAUACCCAAUACGGCGUUUAGGGGACUCAGGCAGCAGCCCAAGACCCAGUUUUUAUAUGCUCUUCUGACAGUAAUGUGCUUUUUCGUGACCAAAUCCGUCACGCUGACCUGCUGUGCACCCCUCAUUCUCAUGGGUGCGCGCUACUACUACAGCAGGAAAGUUAUCUACAGUUAUGUGGACUGUGCUCUGCACACGGACAUGGCUGACAUAGAGGCGUAUUACAUGACACCCACAGGCUCCUGUUUCUGGGUGGCUGUGCUGGACGGACGCGUGGUUGGGAUCGUGGCGGCGCAAGGCCGCGAGGACGACAACACGGUGGAGCUGCGGCGCAUGUCGGUGGACUCUCGCUACCGCGGCAAAGGCAUCGCCAAGGCGCUCGGCCGCCGCGUCCUAGAGUUCGCCGUGCGCAACAACUAUGCUGCCGUGGUCCUCGGCACGACGGCCGUCAAGUUGGCCGCCCACAAGCUGUACGAGUCGCUGGGCUUCCGCCGAACGGGCCAGAGCGAGGACUACCGGCUCCCCGGGAUGAGCCGCUCGCCGCUGGAGAGGCUCUUCUUCCAGAUCCGCUACAGCCGCUACCGCUUGCAGCUCCGUGAGGAGUGAGAGGUGACAGGGAGAGGGAGAGAGAGAUGGAGAGGGGGAGAUGGAGAAAGAGAGGGACAGAGAAAGAGAGAGAGAGAGAGAGCAACGACCCUUCUUCACCCGAGAGCCCCGACCGCAUCCUCUCCUCUGACAGCUUUUAUUUAUUUUGUGUCAUUAGAGAUACCUUCGAGUACUUAACACUUUACUAUUUCAUCUUUAAAGUCACUAACGUUUUUACUAUUUUGCUUUUGUUGCUGUUGUUUUUGUAUUAUACUUUUUACAUUUUAAAUAAGAGUUUGUUUCUUUUCCUCUAUUUUAUUAAGCUAUUUUUUGUACCUUUAUCCCUUUUCAUUAUGGGAGACAAAAAGGCUUUUAUAUAACUGGCGCUCCAACUAGGCACCCCCCCCCCCCCCCCCCCCCCCCCCCCCCCCCCCCCCACACCCCUUUGGUUUAAAGAUCAUGUGACUCUGAUCAAUACUCCCCUUCAUUACUACUCCACAAUGUCCUCUUUACCCCUCCCCCAUUACCUCAAGCCCCCUCCCCUUCUUCCCCUCCCACAUUUUCCUAAGUAUCACAGCAAAAUCCAACAGACGGGUUAGACGCAGGAGAGUGCAACGAGACAUUUGCAUUCUGUGUCACUGGGGGUGGACAGAGCAGUGGUGAAGCAAAACACAUGAAAAAAUGUGGCGGGGGAGUUUGUGGUACACACUAUCUAUUACAAAAGCUCCUCAAUGUUACAUUUCGUGUGUGCAUUGUGGACAGAAGCGUGGUCACGCACACACAAAUCAAGGCAUUUGGCUUCCCGCCAGUCUCUCAAGACACCAUAUUGAAGCACAGCGAGAGUGUGUUACCGACCCCCGUAGUGAGAGAGAAGGAUGGCAGGAUGGUUACCGGAAUAUGCACUGCUGUGUAUCAACACAGUGCAUCUUCCUCCCCCUCCUCCUCCUCCUCCUCCUCCUCACUCAUUAUCUGAUUGGAUCUCCUUCCUUUUCUUUUCUUUUUUUUUUUAAAUUUCUCACCCCCGUUUUGUGGAGAGGGUCUCUGAUUGGCUGGAGGGUGGAACUUUCUCACUGAUGGAUCCCAUGACACAAUAUAGCUGCAUGUCAGAGCUUGUGUAAGUGUGACUGUGUGUGUGUGUGUGUGUGUGUGUGUGUGUGUGUGUGCGCGUGACGAGGCUACGGUCAGACAUUACAGGCCGAGCCUCGACAGUGUACGAUAACCAGUUUUUAUUUUGCGUGAACAGAUGCGCACCUUUUUUUCUUGCUACGAGUCAAGUAUUAUCUAGGUAAACAACUACUUUCUAUGUGU